AGGAGGAUCACGUGGUGUAAGAUGGUGAAUCAGUGUGUGUGUAUGAGCUGAGCUGAGAUCAGGAGAAGCUGGAGGGAAGGGGAUCUCUGAGCUGUCAAACCUUCCUCCACAUAAAGGACAGACCUUACUUUUAAAGGCCUUAAAACUACAAUUAACUUCAUAUAUCAGACUGAAUGACGGACAGAGAGAUGUCGGAAGUGAAGGCAGAAGACUCUGCCAAUGGGGUGAUGGCAGCAAAUGGUGGUGGUGUUGUAUACGAGGACAGAGAGGUCAAUGAGAAUGCCAGGACAGAAGAUCUGUCUGAGAUGUUGGCUGCAGGGACCAAAGCCGUUCACGAGAAGGCUGAGAACACACAGUUCGUCAAAGACUUCCUCCGAGGACGCAUCCGUAAGGAGCUGUUUAAGCUUGGCGCGGUGGCGCUGUACUACACGUACACAGCCAUGGAGGAGGAGAUCGAGAGGAACAAGGACCACCCCAGCUUCGCCCCGCUCUACUUCCCUAACGAGCUGCACCGUCAUGAGGCCCUGGCGCAGGAUCUGGAGUAUUUCUACGGGGAGGACUGGCAGAACCAGAUCAGCUGUUCUUCAGCCGCUCAGCACUACGUAGACCGUAUUCACGAAGUCGGACAGACGGACCCCGUCCUGCUGGUGGCCCACGCCUACACCCGCUACAUGGGUGACCUGUCAGGGGGUCAGGUGCUGAAGAAGGUGGCGCAGCGUGCCCUGAGGCUGCCACCUACUGGGGAGGGGGUCAAAUUUUACGAGUUCGAUAGCAUCCACAGCGCCAAGGCUUUCAAGCAGCUGUACCGGAGUCGCAUGAACGAGCUGGAGCUCGACGCCCAGACCAAAGAGAAGCUCGUCCAGGAGGCCGUGUUAGCGUUUCAGUUUAACAUGGAGGUUUUUGAUGAGCUGGAGGAGAUGGGAAAAACUAUUCAGGACGAUGUAAUGGAUGCAGGUCCGAUCCACGGGGACAUGCAAGGAGACAUCAGUAAAUGCCCUUAUUAUGCUGCUAAGACAGCUGCCAGCGGAGGAUCGGCAUACGUUUGUCAGAUGGCCAAAGCUGUGAUCAGACACCCUACAGGCCAAGUUCUAUUGGCUGCGUGGAUCGCUGCUCUCGCCGGAUUGGCUGCCUGGUACCUCAUUUGAUCAGCGGAUUGGUCAGUGAAAGAGGAAAAACCUGCGUAGACUUUAAAGUUUGCGCCUCCCUUCAAAAGUGGUGAAACUCUUUGGUUCUGCUUUAUUUGAAGGCUACCUACAUAGAGGCUUCAUAAGACAUUUAUAAGCAUUGAAUAAUGGAUUAUAAAGCAGUGUUAGGGUACCAUAUUUUUUAAACUAUAAGGCACACCAGAUUAUAAGGUGCACUAUCGGUGAACGUCUAUAUUCAGGUCUAUUUUCACACAUAAGGCGCAUCCGAUUAUAAGUCUCAUUAAGCGACACUAGUUAGGAUGCCUACAUUGAAGUUAAUAAGGGUGUCGCCAUGUUUCCCUUCUAAUGCCUAAAUAAACAAAACUGUAAUUCUUAAAAAAAAAAGAAAAACAUUUUAUUUUAAAGUUAAACGAGUGCUGGAUGUUAAUCUACACAGUUUUCUCUCCUGAAAACUGUUUAUUUGGGUGAGUAAAACACUUUUGUUUAUUCACAGCAAGCUCAGAUUUUCAGUAUUUUGCCCAAGGCUUAGCGCUAGUAAAUGCUGCCCGAUAGCGCUAGACUGAGGAACCUUGAGUAUUCCAGUAAGUCAGGGUGCUAUAAACUAGCAUUUCUUCCUACGUAGCUUGUUUUAGCAUGUUAAACAUGAAAAAAUACAGUCCAAUAUACUCACAUCUAAACAGCGAAAGAGCUAGCGCUGCACUUAGCAGCUAAUGCUAAUGCUGUUACUGCUCCCUCACUGCUGCCUUAGUGCUGGAGAAACUUCACUUAAAAAAAUUCACCCUUAUAACACUGUACUUCAGCAAAGUGGCUUUACUGCUCCUUAAAAUUGGAUAGAUAGGCGCAAAACUGUGGAUUUCUUGGACAAUUAAAUGAUAUUAAGUGCACCUUAUAGUCUAAAAAAUAUGCCCCUACUAAUGUAAGUAUCCUUAAAAUAAGUGUUACUCUUCUUAGAUUAGCAUGAAAACAGCUUUACUCCCAGACUUGGACCUGAACUUGAAAAGUUCAGUAAAGUUCAUCACUCUUGAAACUCCUGUAAAAAUGCUCUCGGUUGGCUCAGUAAUUUCCAUAUUCAUGCUUUUUAUGCAGUGUCUUCUGGAGUGUCUGUGUACUUUAGAUUAUUUUACCUUAAUUUCUUUUAGUUAAUGGUUACCAGAAGUUAUAGAGUGUAGAGCAAGGUCCACUUAACGGUUUUACAGUAACAGUUUUUAGUAAAUACGUUAAAGAUAUAUUUUUUCUCUAGUUUAAUUAGAUUCACAGUAUUUCUUUCCUUUCUUGUAUCUUAGAUUUAAGAUUUUUUUUUUUAAAUAAAUGUCUGCAGGGCAGAUAAAUAGAUAAAUAAAUAGUUUUUGAGUAUUCCCAGCUGUUGUUUAACGGUUAUCAGAAAAGAGAGGAUUGCACUGUGGAUUGCGAUUGUUGUACAGUUCAGUUUAUUUACUUGAAGUCUUUUCAGAUGGCGAUUUAGUGACCAAACUUACAGACAUUUACAGACAUUUAAAUCUGAACUCCACUCUGCCUGUUUUAGUUCUUAUUGGCUCUUUCGUUCAUUUUCCUCGUGCUUGAUUAGUUAAUACAAGGAAAUAUGGAAUACUGCUACACACACCAUUAUUAACUAUUAAUUACUAUAGAUCGCUUGUGAAUAGAAUGGCUGUGUUUUGGAAGGGAACACUGUUUAAAGUAUAUAACUGUGGGGAAAAAAAAUCUUUUUCCAAGCAUCAUUUCAAUAAAAAAAUUAUAUUUUUUAAUAUACUAUAAUAUAAUAUAAUAUACUGGUUGUGCUAUGCAGUUACUUCUUACUGAAACUGUGAGGGCGAGACAUUUAAAUUCAUUUUAAUUCAUUUAAGUCGUCUUAUGCAUUUCUAUUUCAUUUUUUCUCCAUUUUUACAGAGCAGUUGACUGUGUAUCCUGUAUGACAUGACUGACGUUUAGCACACGCACAUUUUUUAAAUAAACAACGUCCUCUUGGUCAUGGUCAUGCUGCUUUAUUUGCUAUACUGUUACAAAAUUAAGUUCAUCAUGCUGUUCUGUUCAAACAGUAUUCAAGUAAACCUCUAGACCAGGGGUUUCUUAACCUUUUUUCGCUGUUCCUCCCUCUUAUUUAGUGUUAAAAAUAUUUCACAACACCACUCAUUUACAAAAACAAAUAAUUGGCUGUACUGCUUUCUAAUACCGGUAAAUAUAAAUGCUUUCUAAUAAUAAUUAAUAAAUAACGCUUUUAGCCAAGAUCGAUAUCGGCAAUUGGAUGAUCAAAAUCGGCCCCAACAUCUUUGCAUGGGUAACUAUAUGCCCUAAUCACCAAUUGGUACUUUCUGCAGUGUGUGCAGUGUGCCAAGUCCUGCUGGAAAAUGAAAUCCUCAUCUCCAUAAAAGUUGUCAGUAGCAGAGGGAAGCUGUAAGAUAUGAAGUGCUGUAAGAUUUUGUGGGAAAACAAAACUGCACUGACUUUAGACUUGAUAAUAAAACACAGUGGAUCAGCACCAGCAGAUGACAUGUCUCUCCAAACCAUCACUGAUUGGUGGAAACUUCACACUAGACCUCAAGCAGUUUGGACUGUGUGUCUCUCCACUCUUCCUCCAGACUCUGAUCCCUUGAUUUACUUUAAAUGAAAUGUAAAAUUUACUGAUGAUCAGUGAUGGUUUGGAGCACUUCAUGCUUUUUCCUUCUGCUACUGACAACUUUUAUGGAGAUGUGAAUUUCAUUUUUCAGCAGGACUUGGCACACUGCCCACACUGCAGAAAGUACCAAUUGGUCUUAUAUAAUAUUCUAAUUUUCUGAUACACUGAAUUUUGUGUUUUUAUUGGCUGUGAGCCAUAAUCAUGAACAAUAAAAUAAAUAAAUGCUUAAAAUUGAUCACUAUGUGUGUGUAAUACAUCUAUAUAAUAUAUGAGUUUCACAUUUUUAACAUUUUUCAAAGAUAUUCAAAUUUUUUUGAGAUGGCCCUUUUGACAACCAGAGUUAAUUUCACACUGUACUUCUCCUUUAAAUUCUUUAAACUCUCUAAAAAUAUGUCUAAACUGCCUCUAUUGUUUUGCACAUUGAGUUUUUAGGACUUUUUAAAACUUAAAUAAUGGAAUAAGAACGGAUUUGAUUUUUAUUUUUUUGAAAAAUGAUUUUGUUACAAAGUGUGUGGAAAUAAAUACUGUAUUAGUACUGAUAUUCUGACACCAAAGGAUGGCUACUCCAAGCCUAAAGACCUUAAGCCUAAAGGUCUGAUGGAUCUAAAUAUAAUGCACAUUAACUUGUAGUUUGUGUUACUGCCAUGGAAAUGCUACUUUUGAAAGUGAGGAGUAUUAAGCUUUUAAGAGAAUUCAGCAUUUUAUUGCUGUACAGCUCUGGAAAAAUGAAGAGGCCACUUCUGAAUCAGUUUCUCU